AUGAUUAUUAAAGCUGAUAAUGCGAUCAUUGAUUGCACAAGUCCUGACUCGGUAUUCUCGGUAUUCAACGAGCCUAUUAAAUUAUCUCUGAGAGGCAUUAUCAAAAUUUAUGAAAAUGUCACCAUUGAUGAUGUAAUUACGACUACCAAUAAUGAUCUCAGUUACAAUUACAUUGAUGCCCGUCUAGAAUAUUCGACAAGUGAUAAUCAUACUAAAAAUUUGGUUAUAUUUGCAAACAAAUACUUUGAAAAUUACGCUAAAGAACAAACCGCCACAAGAAUAACAUUAAAAAUUGGUUUGCAGUGCGACAUGAGUAGGGAGAAGACACUGGUUUUCUUUCAACCUUUGGAAGAAGGCAAUUACUUUGAUCCCGUAUUUUCGCAACUAGAAUAUGAGUUUAUUGUGCCAACUCCCAUUUUUGUCGGGUUCGAUUUGACCGUAUUUCAAGCGAUAUCAGCGACGGACGAUGAUUUGACGAACAAUCAAAUUUCUUUUACAUCUGAUAAAUCAUCAGCUUUAUAUGAUAUUGCGGUUGGUAUAAAGAAUCAUCGAGCCACAGCUGAUAAGAAAACUUGUUUUGCUAAUUUAAUAGUGAAAAGAAUUUUCAUGGAAUUGCCGCAACAAAUACAAUUUGAUAUCAUCGCGACGGAUAACGGUAUACCACCACGUAGCUCUAAGGCUGUAAUAAAAAUACGUGCAGAUCCCUUAAAUAGCCUACCUAUUGAACCGAAAUUUAUACAAACCCUUUAUAAGGGUUUUAUAGAUUACGAUUUUCGAAUGAAUCCGUUAAUUAUUGAAUUGGAAAACGGCACCUAUUCGAAAGAUGUGCGCUUUACCCUACUUGGCAAAGAUGUCGCAGAUUAUCGACUCAGAGAUAAACAUAACGGAGUCGUACGUAUAGAAUGGAGCCCAAAAAAUAAAGAUAAAAGCAUAAUAUUACAAAGAAAAUCAUGGGAAAUGGAAUUGAAAGCACAGCACCAGAGGCUCAGACAAUCUAGCCAAACUGCCAUCCUAAUCGAAUUGGCUGAUUUUGAAGGAAAUUUUCAUUUUAUAGAUGAUACAUACGAAGGAUUUAUCAGUGAAUCUGGAAAUUUAUAUAUGGAUGUAAUUACGUUCAAUCCUAAAAUUUAUCAAGAAGAGAUAGAGUUUAAAGUUGAUAUGAAUGCUUAUCAAUUGCCUAUAAAGUUGAAAAUUUUUAAAAAUAAUAUCACUUUGGAAUUAUUAGAUGCGUCAAUUGUGAAAUCUAUGAGAACUGUGCCAUACGUUAAGUUAAGCUUGCAGGCUGCAUGGUUGCAUUUAAAAGCCAGCACUCAAGUAAUAAUAAAAAUAGAGCAGCCAGGACUUGACUCAAGUCAUGCUAACGGUAAUCAUGUCGAAAAGACGGUCAUGUUCAAACACAUCGAAGAAGAGCGAUACCAUUUUGGAGUUUUGAAUUUAACCUUCAAUGAAAAUUGUGCAUUUCUUGUAAUAAGUCAAUGGCCUGAGGACAAGGAAUUUUUUUAUUUAAACGAAAGUUCUCAUAGCUUAGAUUUGAUACCGAUCGAUCGUGAAGAUCAAAUAUUUGAAAAUGUUACUAAACCUCGUAUUAUUAUUAAAUUGAAAUUAGUUUGCAAAAGUUUAAAUCUCUCAGGAAGUGAAUCGCAAUCUUCCAAUCGAUUUUUAUCCAGAUUUGAAGAGGAACAAUUCAAGUUUAAUGAGCACGAUAUACCAUAUUCAUCGUCCUGGAUGUGGUUACAUUUAAUUGUAGACGAUAUUAACGAUAAUGCUCCAGAAUUUCAAGGAAUAGAAAAUGAUUUACUAUUGGGUUAUCCUGCUGCAAACAUGCCGUCGUUCAUGUAUCCAGAAUAUGUAAUACAAUUAAAUGCUAUCGAUAAAGAUAUUGACUUGAAUGCUCAGAUCGAGUACAAAAUGAAAGAUAAUUUCUAUUUUGGCAUUGAAAACAAAACUGGGAAAAUAUAUCCCAUAGCCAAUGGCCUGAAAGUGGGUGAAAGCGUCAAUUUAGUAAUUCAAGCUACCGAUCGCAAUGGUCAGGGUUUGACCAAAGAAUUGCGAUUAAAUAUUAUAGCACUUUCGGAAGUUUUUUAUAGUUUGCUAACUUUAACCGAAAAUGUCAAGAAAUCUGUUGAUGAAAUAACGCAAGAGUUCAAUCAUAUCAGAGAUUUAAGAAUACAAUUGAUCAAGCUGUCGUAUGUACCACGGCCAAUAAAAAAAACCCCAAAGAAUACAAACGGUUUCAUGUACAAAGCGUGGAUUUGCGCUUUUCAAGAUAAUCAACCGAUUCUUAGCAAAAAUCUAAAAAAGAGACUUAACAUUACUGCGGAUUAUAUAAUAAACUUGGAGAGCUUUGAAGAAAUUAAUUUAUCUCAUAACACUAAUCAGAGUUCUUCAGUGUUUGUUAACUACUACUUGGUUUUCAUCAUAUGUUUAUUUAUUGUAUAUAGCGGUUGUAUGGCUCUUUUAAUUUGGUAUUUUUAUUGUACUCAGAGUGCACUUAAGUGUAAUACAAUACCAGCAAUAUCUUCACAGUAUCUGCAACACAAUGGCACGAACAACGACACAAUCAUAUCGGCGAGUUCUUCUUCUUACACCGAAACAGACAAAGCUAAUGACUGUUUAUCAAGAAAGUCAUCUCAGAGUCAUAUAAAGUUCAAUGAUUUCAUGAAAAGUGCUGCUAUUGAAGAAUGUCAAUAG